GAAAAAAAAAAGCUCCCUUUUUCCUCUAGGGAAUUCUGAAACCCAGAUCUCCGAAAAUUAGAAAUGGAAGAUUAGUUUGAUUGGGCUAUUUGCAACAAGGAUUCAUCACUUUCGCUACAUUCUUUGUUCUCCAAAAAUCAUUUCCUUGGGUUCAUUUUACCAGAAAACAAACAUAAACCCUAACUUUCACUCUGUGAAGAAAUUAGAAGGUGAGAAAUGUCAAGCAUUCCGGAAGAGAUCUACCAUGAAAUUCUUUUAAGGUUACCAGUCAAAUCAUUACUUAAAUGUAAAUGUGUUUGCGAAAAUUGGUAUGCCCUAAUCUCUACCUCUGAUUUUAUCAAAUUGCACCUUCGUUUUAUUACUACCCAGAAAAACAACCCUAUUCUCAUGCUUGAAGGUGCUUAUUCUGAUAAGGUACUUAAAUCCAUUGGUUAUGAUUCAUUAGAAUCAUCAGUGUGUGAAAUUGAAGAUGCUGCCAUUGAAAUGGAUUACCCAUUCAAAUCUAAUAACUAUGGUGUUCGAUUGGUGGGAUCAUGUAACGGUUUGUUUUGGAUACGGGUGGUUGAUUCUGAUGGUAAAAGGGAUUUUCUUUGUCUUUGGAACCCAGCCACAAGAGAAUACAAAGAAUUACCCGAUUCACCGAUUAAAGUGAAUAGCAUCUGUGCGUUUGGGUAUGAUCACAAGAAUGAUGAUUACAAGUUGGCAGUAGGUGUAACUCAGGAAACCACGGAUACUACUCUAGUCCAAGUCUAUUCGUUAGCAUCGAAUUCAUGGAAACCUGGGCAAACUGUACCUUAUCGGUUUCCUAAUUAUAUGUUUAUGCAAAGACGGGGAGUGCUCAUUAAUGGAGACCUUCACUGGUUAGCCGUGGCUCAAGAUAAGUUUUUCUUACUCUCUUUGAAUUUCAGUGAUGAGACUUUCAAAGAAUUGCAACUACUACCAAAAGAACUUUUGGAGAAGAAUAAGAAUCCAUGUAUGAUUCUGGGAUUGCUGGAAGGGUGCCUUUGCAUACUUGUCAACUCAUACGCUAAUGGUAUUAGGAUUCAUUGUGAAGUAUGGAAGAUGCUGGAUUAUGGAGUUCGAGAAUCUUGGACUAGACGCUAUAUCAUUACUCGUGAGAGCAUCAUCGUCAAUCAUAUUUUAUCCUUAAGUCCGUUGUGGUCUUUUGGGAAUGGCUGAUGAGUUAACUUUGUUGACUGAAAGCUUCGCUGGACAAAGGGAGAGAGCACUUUGUUCCACACUCGUACAAAGGACGUGGUUGUGUACAAGAGUGCUCUCUCUAGGUGUCAUUCGAUCUGGAUACCAGUGAAGCAUGGGAAGCUUAAUGCAUAUCUUCUCUCAUUGAUCAUGAAAUGCUGGCAAGAAGGCAAUUUAGGUUUUAUAUAUCAACGCUGCUAUGUUGGCCGAGUCCCGCAGGUUAUCCAAGCAAGCCAAGCCUUAUCAAAAGCUACAACCAUAGUCUUUCCUGACUUAGUGAAAGACUAUGGUGGGUGAGUUAGCAGGGGGUGGGUUUUGAGCCCACAAGUCCCACAGGGUUGUGUCACAUGGGAUAAUCGGCUGGACGCAACCUAGGUCAAGCUAGAGUUUCCAUUUAUAUUGCAUGGAGUCACAGGUGAGCCGCUGGAAUCCUUACUUGUGUGGAGCUGUGAACUGUGAGAGCUGGAUUCCCAGGAAUCUUCACAUGUUGGCAUCUGCAAGUAAUGAUUGUACCAUUCCAAUACGGUUUGAAUUGUGUUAACUUGAUGCCCAAAGUAAAAUAAGAAAAUGGGGUCGUAUGCCAUUGUAAUGGAGAACUGAACUUGAUAAUAUCAAUAGGAGAAAAAGAAAGAAAAAGGAAAAAUUCUUGAUUCAAGUAAUUUGAUAUUUCUAUUCAACCCUGUUGGAACUUGGAAAUAUGUAAAUGACUAUGGGCCUAUGGCCACUGUCUGCCGAUAAACUCGUCUACUGAUGGUCUGAUUACCAUUUCUUCAAAAAUAAAUAUUCAUUUUUAGUUAA